GCAUUCCACGUGCCAUCAUUCCCAGGCAAAGGCUUUUCACAUGCCGAUAAUUUUCAUUAUUUUUGGAUAAAUUUAGAGAGGGACAAAAUCUGAGGCAAGUGUCAAGCGGCAUCAAAUUCAACAUCACUAUGUUUUGGAAUCGGAACAUCAUCAUCUAAAACUCGAUCUCCUCUCCUUGUUCUACUGCAAACCCUAAUUUCAAUUCAAAUUCCUCCAAUUUCUAUGGAAGAUCUCCCCGCCCCUCUCCUCCUCGACAUCCUCGCCCGCCUCUCCGACUCCGCCGACGUCGCCCGCUGCCGCGUCGCCUCCCGCGCCGUCAACUCUCUCGCCCCCGAGAUCCGAUCCGUCCACCUCUACUGCUCCCACCUCCGCUACGCCAAGUCCCGAUCCCCUCUCACCCGCUCCUCCGUCACGCCCUUCAAGCACGUCUUCUGCAAAUUGCUCUCCGGCCUCCACCUCGUCGAGCGCGUCUACCUCGGCAUCGACAAGCCCCUGCGCCUCGUCUCCUACGACGACGUCGAGGAUGAGGACGAUGAUUUGUUCCUCACUGAUGUCAAUUUCCUCAGGGCUUGGCUGCCCAAUGUCUGCCCCCAUUUGAAAUCCAUUUCCAUUUCCGAUUUUUGGGUGCAGUCCUGCUGGAGGCGGACGGAUAUGCUUUCCCUAAUUUCUUCUUAUUGUUGUAAACUUGUGGAGUUAGAAGUUAAGAAUGCGUGGCUCUCUGUUGAUGGUUUAACUCCUAUGCCAAACCUCACUGUCUUGACACUUGAGUUCAUUAGAUUGGAUGAUGAGAAUCUGGAGAAGUUGAAUGAUAGUUUCCCUUUGUUGAAAGUCCUCAAUUUAAUUGGUGUUGGAGGACUUAAAGAACCUAAGGUUCAUCUUAUGCACCUUAGAACAUGUCAUUGGUCUGUGUCUAAUGCUCCGACCUCUAUAUCUGUUAUUGCACCUAGUCUUGUCGACCUCACUCUUACAUGCGUGAAGCCAAAUCUCCUUUUCAUUGAAACUCCUCUUUUGUCCAGCUUGAAUCUCUGUGUUGACAGCACUUGCAACUUGGAAGUGAAAGGGUUCUCUCGUUUGAAAAGACUGCAUCUUGAAUCUUCAGGCCUUCGCAAUCUUCUUGUUGCGAUUCCUGUCAGCAGAAGUGUUGAGAAUCUAACUGCUGUCUCAACAAAGUGGGAAACGCCUGGUGCAGUUUCCAAGUCCAUUGUUGAGUUAUUGCUUCAUGAGUUUCCUUGUGUUAGCCGUCUUACUUUGACUUCACGAGUUUGGACCGAGUUUGAAACACAUCCUGGGGCAGAGGGUUUAGUGUCGAGGGUUGAGACGAAGGGAUUGAAAGAAAUUACAGCAUAUUUAACUGUGAAUGACAUUGGGGUUACUUUGUCCACCAUUUUCCUUUUACUGGAUAGCUGUAGUGGCCUGUCUAACAUGGCAAUCUUGAUCCACCGUGAUGUUGUUUCUAAUGCAACGAGCAGUCUUAUCUCGACGUGUACAGCCCAUUGCACUAGGGUGAGAUGGAAAUGGGGAAUGUGGAAAGAGGGAACGAUGGACACUUGGAUUUCUGAUGGAAAGUAGGAAGCGGAGCAGCGCCCGCCUAAGCACUUUGUCUGAUCUGUUCAAGGGAUUUAAUUUCUGAAAUGAAUGAGCUUUGCAUCACCUUCUGAAAGCUGAACUCAGUUGAUGGAUGCAAUCAAGUUGGUGUUUGUUUGGUAUCCUGAUGAUGGUAGGGAUAGUUAUCCAUGAAAAUGUAUGUGAUGAAGUUGAUUGAUUGGUUAGUUGGGAGGAUGCAAGAGCAGCCAAUGGAGAAAGAUGCAAACCAUUUGUGAAAUAUCUCCUGCAACUUAAAGCCAGGUGGAGUCAGUUGGGCGUGGUAUUGUUUUAGUGAUAAGGUGUGUGCAUAUUAAGACAGAUAUUUGUUGAGGAAAAAUUUAUAUUAGUGUGGAAAUGUACACACCUGCAAACCCACGAUCGCCUCUUUUGACCAACUGAAUAAUGUUUAGGUGUCUUUUUCAUUUGUUUAUGUCAGUCGUCACUAUUAGAGAUGAAACUAGAAAUACUUAUUUU